AUGUCUGCUACCAAACCUAUCAUCUUUUACUCCACUGCCAGAGGGCCUGUCCCAUGGCGAGUCGCUAUUAUACUCGAGGAGUUGAAUGUUCCCUAUGAGAGCAAGUACCUUGAAACCCCGGAAAUGAAUUCGGAGCCCUUCAAGUCUCUCAACCCGAACUCGAAGGUUCCUGCCAUUGAGGAUCCUAACACCGGGAUAAGACUUUUUGAGGCAGGCGCUAUUAUUCUCUACCUUCUUGAUACCUAUGAUACAUCUGGCACCUUGCACUCCCUCUCAGGUCCAGACAAGUACUUGGAGCUGGCAUGGAUGCAGUUCCAGGCCACCGAGCAACACAUGUACUACAGUCAACAUGCAUGGUUCUUAUACAAACAUCCAGAGCAUGUCCAGUCUGCUGUCGACCGCUAUGAAUGGACGAUCAAGCGCACCAUUGGAAUGCUCGAUGAGUAUCUCAAGAAAACCGGCAAGAGUUAUCUCGCCGGCGACAAGGUCACCUUCGCCGACCUUGUCUUUGUGGUUACCAACGAGACAGUUCCCCAGUUGCUCCCAGGAUAUGACCCGUCUGAGGAAUUUCCCCAUUACGCAAAAUGGAAUUCUAUGUUGGUUGAUAGGCCCUCUUUUAGAAAGAUAGCGACUGAGAGAGCAGCUCUUGGUCAGCCACUUGGUAUAGUCGAUCAGAAGCACAUUGAGGACCACAUUUGGAGAAACGAUCCAACCAAACGUAAGGGGUAA